UCCUCUCAUCUUUAAACACAUUCUAAAACAAAAACAAACCAAAACAAGAACACAAACAAACGUUUUGCCCAAAAGACUUCUGGUGAUUAAUUGGUUAGUACGUACUUAUGUCUAUGGAGAAGAAACAUCUCGACAUUAAUUUUCUGAGUUAUCAUCCCACAGAAGACGAAGAAAGCAAGACCAGUCUCUUCUUUGGAUUGGUUGAUGAUUCUGAAUCAACAAGACUAAGAAAUGGGAGCAUGAAAAGACAAUACAGCGACAUUGGAGAUCUCUACGACAAACUUUUCAAAGAACAUGUUGAUAAUGAUGACAAGGGUUCGAGGAUGGACAUGAGAGUCUUGACGGUAGUAGAGUAUAUGAGAGAGCUUUACGUUGGACAACUUCCGCUGCUUAAGAAGAUGUUUCCAGGUGGGGCCAAAGACAAGUUUCUUGGUUUCUUUAACAAAAUCAGAGACGCUGUGUCCCAAUUCAAACAAGUUUCUCGUCCUCCUACAAAGUCAAUGACUAUGCAGAGGAGUCUCAGCGCUGGUUCGCCACGAUUCACCAUGAGAGGUAUCAAUGUUGGCCCACCAUACUUGAGAGAUGAACGGUUUAAAGUUAAGACGGUCGACGCAGGAGGUGGUGGAGCUGGUAAAGGUGGCUCGGCAGCUGGUCAAUGCCAGACCAAGAAAUAAUCUUGGAUUUGCUCACAUGUGGCCAUGGAUGAGCAAAUCUUAUGACAUUUUAGGGUGUUGCAUUACACAAAACGUUACUUUUUGCUAAAAACUAGAAUGAAAUGUGAUGCGUGUGUUAUAAGCUAGGGUUCGGUUAAAGACUCUUGAGUCUAGUUUCUAAAGUUCAUUUCAUUUUCUUUGUUGUAAAUAUGGUAUGUCUUAGUUGGGUUUCUUUUAUGUUGUGUUGUAUACAAAACUCUUAAUAAAAUAAAUUUUGAAUU